CCAACACACUCGACAAGUUUCUUUCCCCUUCUAUAUUUGAACCAACAGCAGGGAAAAAGAGAAAACGCAAUACUUUUUAAAGAUGUCCCAGUGAUUUAUUUGACGAUUUAAACCGAACACUGUUAUGAUUAAAAACAGCAAAUGAAUUGUACCUUUCUGAUCAUGUGUUGAACAAAACUACAGAAAUGUGUGGUAUAUGCUGUUUGUUUACAGAAAGAAAUGAGAAAGAUUACAGUGAUCUAAAGCACUGUAUGGAGUAUGGACAGAUUUGUCACCGAGGACCAGACUCAUCAAACACAAAGGAAGUAACAAUAUCAGACAAACAUGUAUUGACCUUGACAGGCCAUGUCCUUCAUCUUAGAGGUCAACUCACAUCACAACCUCUUCAACAUCAGAAUGGUGACCUACUUUUAUGGAAUGGGGAAAUAUUUGGUGGAAUACAAAUUGGAGAAGAACAGAAUGACACAGAUAUUUUACUUCAAUUGCUAACCAAAGAUGCAUCACCAAAACAUCUACUGAAAACCAUGGCAACUGUAGAAGGACCCUGGUCAUUUAUAUAUUGGCAGAAUGCCACACAGACUGUGUAUUUUGGUAGAGACAUGUUUGGAAGAAGAAGUCUAUUAUGGCACCUCCCACGGGCAGUUGAUGAUGUGUUCAUGUUGUCAUCUGUCAGGAUAAGUGAUUAUGAAUUUCAAGAAGUGCCAUCGGUUGGAUUAUUUUCCAUGCAUGUAAGCAGUGAUGUGGUAACCAUGACAAUGUAUCCUAGAGAUGAGGCUGUUUGGCCAGGAACAGCUUUCCUUGUCAAGUCAUCUGACCCUAGUCAUUUCUGUAUACCAUUUACUCUAGCUCCAAAUUUUGAUUUCCAAUUCGACAAGGCACAGAUGGUACCUAUGUCAAUACCUAAAUUAAAUAAACAAUUACACUGCAGUAUAAGAUCACCCAGCAAAAAAAUUAGCACUGAUGCUAAUGAAUUAAUGACUAAAUCAGAACUAGAUAAGGAUAGCAUUUCUAGUUCUAUAUCUAAAAAGGAUGAUACAUUAGAACCAUCUGGCUCUGUCAAUGAAGCAACUGCUAAGGCAGAAUCCAGUUCUGUCCCUGAAGUAGCUUACAUACCAAGUUCUUCACAUACAUCUACAGGCACUAAGAAAAAUGUCAAUGUAGAAAUACUAGAGGAUAUUAUAGAUCCUAAAUCAUAUCUAGAAAAUGUCUUACAGACUGAUGCAUUGAUGAACAAACUAUCAGAUCAACUUAUGGAGGUUUUGUUAAAAGCUGUUACUUUACGUGUAUAUAAUCAAGUGGAUUUACCAAGGACCAGAAACUCGGAUGUUUGCUGUCAAGAAAAGCAAAAAUUGCAUUAUGAUGAUAAAAGUUCUGAAAUGUGUCAGAAGGCUUCUGUUACAAAAAGAUGUUCAAGUAAUAAUAAGGAUUGUACACAAAUAGAAGGUUACUGUGAUAAAGUAACAUGUUUAAUAGAUCAUGUUCAUUCAGAAAAGUCUCGUAACUCAGAAUCUGACAUCAGUGAAAAGUGUUCAAGUAAAUCUGCUGAGGACAAUUUAUUACCAUUAAAUGUAAAACAUACUGAAGACUGUCCACCUGAUGUUGCAAGUCCAUGGUCAGAAUCAGGGAUAGUUGGCAAUGCUAGAGUAGCUGUGUUAUUUUCAGGAGGGAUAGAUUCUGCUGUAAUCACUGCUCUGGUUGAUAAAUGUUUGCCUGAAGAUGAACCUGUAGAUCUAAUGAAUGUUGCAUUUGAACAAAAGCCAAAGUCUCCACAGAAAAAGAAGGGCGAAAGGCCCAAGACAGAAACUACAGCAACCAAUUGGAAGGUACCAGACAGGGUAACAGGUUAUACAGCCUUACAGGAACUCAAUCCAAACAGAAAGUGGAACUUUAUUGAGGUGAAUGUAUCCAUAAAAGAGCUUCAAGAACUACGGACAAACCAUAUACAACAUUUAUUAUAUCCAUUAGAGAGUGUAUUAGAUGAUAGUAUUGGUUGUGCUGUGUGGUUUGCUUCAAGAGGCUGUGGAAUUCUGGGUAAUACUGAACAGGUUGGGAAGGCAUACAGAAGUACUGCUAAGGUUAUAUUAUGUGGUAUGGGUGCUGAUGAACAACUUGCUGGAUAUUCAAGACAUAGAGGAAAAUUCAUGGAGCAUGGAUGGGAAGGAUUACUUGAAGAAAUAGAAAUGGAAGUAAACAGAAUAUCAGCCAGAAAUCUGGGAAGAGAUGAUAGAAUUAUAACUGACCAUGGUAAAGAAUCAAGGUUUCCAUUCAUUGAUGAGAAUGUUGUUAACUACUUACAAAAACUUCCCAUACAGUAUAAGGCAGAUUUAUCAUUACCCAGAGGUGUUGGGGAGAAACUGCUGCUACGAUUAUGUGCCAUGAAACUAGGACUGGUCAAAACUGCAACAUUCCCAAAGAGAGCAAUACAGUUUGGAUCUAGGAUUGCAAAAACUGAAAACAACAAAGAAAAAGGAUCUGACAAAUGUCAAAGAUUAAACACAAAAUAAAAAUUAUCAUUUACUUGUAUUUACUUGAAGUCAUUCAAAACAUUCAUUUCCUGCUAUCAGAAUUCUGGAAAAUUAAAAAAAAAUACAUGGUCUGGCAUUUAUUGAUCAGCAACCAUAUUGAUGAUGAUAGAUAACUGUGUUAUGUCCAGGGGCUAAUUAAAGACAUAUUCAGUACAUGUUAAUAUGAUUCAAAUAUUAACCCUUCUUUGUACUAGAAUGGCAUGCUGAACUGAAUUUUGGAUGUGCUAGUUCACAAGGAAUCAAUAUCCAGCAGAGACCAAAUGGCUUAGAUGGUUACAACUAUAAGUCACUGUAAAGUCUGCAAUAAUGAGAAAAACCCACUCAGCAUAGCAAGCUAUAAAAGAUCUAGAAAUUGCAAAUGUAAAACAAUUCAAACAAAAAAAUUAACAGCCUGAUUUUUAUACAAAACAAUAAACAAACAAAAAAUAUGAUAUACAGCAAUAAAUGACAUCCACUGAAUUAUGCUGUGGAUGUUUACACCCAUAUGUAAUGUUGAAUCAUGUUGUUUAACAUGUUUAUGUUAUGUUGUGUCAUGUUGUUAAACAUGUAUAUGCUAUGUUGUGUCAUGUUGUUUAACAUGUUUAUGCUAUGUUGUGUCAUGAUGUUAAACAUGUUUAUGCUAUGUUGUGUCAUGUUGUUAAACAUGUGUAUGUUAUGUUGUGUCAUGUUGUUAAACAUGUAUAUGUUAUGUUGUGUCAUGAUGUUAAACAUGUUUAUGCUAUGUUGUGUCAUGAUGUUAAACAUGUUCAUGCUAUGUUGUGUCAUGUUGUUAAACAUGUGUAUGUUAUGUUGUGUCAUGUUGUUAAACAUGUAUAUGUUAUGUUGUGUCAUGAUGUUAAACAUGUUUAUGCUAUGUUGUGUCAUGUUGUUUAACAUGUUUAUGCUAUGUUGUGUCAUGAUGUUAAACAUGUUUAUGCUAUGUUGUGUCAUGUUGUUUAACAUGUUUAGGUUAUGUUGUGUCAUGUUGUUAAACAUGUUUAUGCUAUGUUGUGUCAUGUUGUUAAACAUGUGUAUGUUAUGUUGUGUCAUGUUGUUAAACAUGUGUAUGUUAUGUUGUGUCAUGAUGUUAAACAUGUGUAUGCUAUGUUGUGUCAUGUUGUUAAACAUGUGUAUGUUAUGUUGUGUCAUGUUGUUAAACAUGUAUAUGCUAUGUUGUGUCAUGUUGUUAAACAUGUUUAUGUUAUGAUGUGUGUUCAAGUGGUCCAUUUUAUGGUUUAAUAUUAAACUUUGAUUGAUUUCAAUAUGAUGAAUCUAAUAAUGUAUUUAGAGUUUGGAUUUGAGGCCCACUCUUUAAAUUUUUGAUCACACCAGGGUCCAGAAGGGUCCAAAAGUGUCCAAAAUUAAAUUUCUGUUUGAUUUCUACAAAAAUUUAAUGGUGGGGGAUUUUGCUACGCUGAAUUGCUUAUACUUGAUCAAUUUUAUUUGUUUGGAGUUUUUUAACAUUAAGAUUUACCUCCUGUUUCAGCUUUGUAAUUAUACCCCCACUUUAAAAUUAUACCCCCCCUUUAAAAAAGGUGGGGUAUACUGUUUUACUUCUGUCUGUCCGUCAGUCCGUCCGUCCGUCCGUCCGUCAGUCCGUCCGUCAGUCAGUCCGUUCCAUGAAACUUUCGUCACAUUUUUCUCAGGAACUACAAUACAAGGAUUUCUGAAAUUUGGUUUCAGGGUUUAUCUAAGUCAGCUAUACCGUGUGAUGCCUUUUCAGAUUGAUCACUUGACAACUUCCUGUUUACCGAACACUUGCAUGAUUUUACACAUGAUAGCCAAGUUGAAAAUUUUCGUCACAUUUUUCUCAGGAACUACAAUACAAAGAUUUCUGAAAUUUGGUUUAAGGGUUUAUCUAAGUCAGCUAUACCGUGUGAUGCGUUUUCAGAUUGAUCACUUGACAACUUCCUGUUUACCGAACACUUGUAUGAUUUUACACAUGAUAGCCAAGUUGAAAAUUUUCGCCACAUUUUUCUCAGGAACUACAAUACAAGGAUUUCUGAAAUUUGGUUUCAGGAUUUAUAUAAGUCAGCUAUACCGUAAGAUGCGUUUUCAGAUUGAUCACUUGACAACUUCCUGUUUACCGAACACUUAAAAUUGAGAAUGGAAAUGGGGAAUGUGUCAAAGAGACAACAACCCGACCAAAUAAAAAAACAACAGCAGAAGGUCACCAACAGGUCUUCAAUGUAGCGAGAAUCUUGCAUAUUUUUACACUAUUAAUAUUAUCCACUUGUGGCGGGGGUAUCAUCAGUGAGCAGUAGCUCGCAGUUUCACUUGUUUAUGUCUUUUCUUUGAUACAAAAUGCAAAUGAGAAGCUGCUGUUUUAUUUUUAAAUGUUACUUAGAUUUUUAGCUCACCUGGCCCGAAGGGCCAAGUGAGCUUUUCUCAUCGCUUGGCGUCCGUCGUCUGUCGUC